AGAGCAAAGACAACAAUUUCAUUGGAAAAUUCACCUGACAAGACAGGUAAUGAGGCCUGUAACUGCUGCGCUCUGGGUGGCGGCCAUGCUGGUGGGACUUCAGCAGAGUGCUUUAUCCAUCAAUAUCAUCACAGAUCGCUCAUCGAAAAAUCUCUCCUCUGUCCCAAGAGACCUGCCUGAGACAGUUCAGUCUGUAGACCUCUCAUGUAACCACAUACAACAGCUCAAAAGAAGCGAUUUUGACAACACCCCUUUACUGACAUUCCUCAACAUCUCAUGGAACAUUUUGGAGGAGAUCAACCCAGAGAUAUUCCUCAACACGCCACACCUGCAGGAACUGGACCUGUCGCACAACAGGUUGAAGAGCCUUUCGAGUCAGCUGUACCUGCUCCACACAGAGAACCUUCGGGUACUAAAUCUGAACCACAACAAAUUUCUCACAAUGACACUGGGGAGUGAGUUUAGCUCCCUGAUCAAACUGGAGAGAUUGGCACUUGGAGCAAAAAACAUCAGUAUUGGCGAUUUGAAACAUAUUGCUAACGUGAAACUACAUACACUGUCCCUUUUCCUGGAGGAUGAACUUGUUUAUGAAGGAGGCAGUCUGAUAGAUGGUCAUGCUCAAAGGCUUCAGAUAGCCUUCACUAAUAGCACACAAAUAGCAAACUGCAAUCUGAUCACUGACGCACUGUCACAAUUUGAUGAAGUGGAGUUGAUGAAUUUGACAGGGGGAUACUAUGAAUUUGGUGAGCAGUUGAGACAGAGAAAAGAAAUCCACUCAUCUAUUAUUUACCUUACUGGCAUACACAUCACCUGGAAAAACUUAACUGAAUUUGUAAAUGUGGCUCUGGGGACCACUAUUUCCCAUCUGAAUGCCUCUGAUGUGACUCUACGGGAAAUGCCUCAAAGUGACACUGAUGUGGCCAAGAUGUCGAAAAUGAAAUCCUUCACAGUCAGACGGGUUGAGGUGAAGGAAUUCAUUUUUUCACAGGAGGCUGUGUACAACUUCUUUAUCAACAUGCCAAUAGAGAGUUUGGCAAUCAUGGAGACGCCCAUCAUACACAUGACAUGCCCAGAGUCACAGAGUCCUAUUCACAAGCUGGACUUCUCUAAUUGUGCUUUAUCGGACUCCAUUUUCUCCAGUGCAGAACCAGAUUCAAGAAUUUUGGAAUGUAAGCAUCUGGGUAACUUGAGGAAACUGAUUCUAGUCGGUAACAACCUCAAGAGCCUUCAGUUGCUGAGCAAACGUGUACAAUUCAUGAGGUCUCUGCAACAACUGGACCUGAGCCUCAACUCAUUGGUUUAUGAUGGUUUGACAAAAUGCGAAUGGCCAUUGAACAUCACCAAAAUGAUUCUGUCCUCUAAUAGUCUGACAGACACUGUUUUUAAUUGUCUACCAACCGGAACAGAAACCCUGGACCUCCAGAACAACCAGAUUUCUGUGGUGCCAUCAAUCAUCUUCAAACUGGACAAACUUCUGUCUCUGAACCUAAAUGCUAACAGGAUGCGGGACCUGCCAGUAUGUAAUGGUUUUCCCAUUCUCAGUGAGCUUCUGCUCAAGUCCAAUUCCCUCCAUGCACCAACUAUAAGCAAGCUGGAAAGCUGCCCUAAACUGAAAGUCCUAGAUGUCAGUUUGAACCCCUUCACCUGCAUCUGUGCUAUAAGGCCUUUCAGAAGUCUAGGCAUCAUAUCUGAAAAGGAGACAAGUCACACAGGAGUUGACCUGCUAAACUGGCCACAUGACUAUUACUGCAGUUACCCAGAUGCUGUAAGAGACUCCACCUUAAAAGACUUCUCGAUUUCUGAGGUCAACUGUAAUGUUGGCCUUCUAGCUGCCGUCAUUUUGUGCCCAGCAGUGAUAGUGAUCAUUGGAGUUAUGACCCUGUGUCACCAUUUGGAUGUUUUAUGGUACAUGAGGAUGAUCUGGCAGUGGACCAGAGCCAAACAUCGUGCCCGAAGGCGACAUGUUCGCCCUGAAGAUCUGGUGGGUGUUGAGUUUCACGCUUUUGUGUCUUACAGCCAGCAGGAUGCCGACUGGGUGCACAAUUCCCUCCUUCCCAACCUUCAGGGCCCUGCAGGAGGGCUCCGCAUCUGCCAUCAUGAGAAGCACUUUGUGCCAGGAAAGACAAUCAUUGAGAACAUCAUCAGCUGUGUGGAGAAAUGCCGUCGAUCUGUAUUUGUGCUCUCUGCUCACUUCGUCAAGAGUGAAUGGUGCCAUUAUGAGUUGUACUUCGCCAGCCACCAGCGCCUUUCCCAGGGCUCAGACAACAUUGUGCUGGUACUGCUCGAACCUCUGCCUCAAUACUUUAUCCCAUCCAAGUACUACCAGCUCAAGUCCAUGAUGAAAAGGCACACCUACUUGGAAUGGCCUCAAGACAGGGCCAAGCACAGGCUGUUCUGGGCGAACCUCAGAGCUGCCCUACAGGCAGAUCUGCCAAAUGCACCAGCCGAGGAACUAGAGGAGUGACUG